AUGAGUUCCAAUCGAUGUGCUGUUUGCAAAUAUUUUAGGCGAAGAUGUCCUUCAAAUUGCAUUUUCUCACCAUAUUUCCCUCCAAAUAACCCUCAAAGAUUCACUUGUGUUCAUAGAAUCUAUGGCGCCAGCAACAUCGGGAAGAUGCUCGAGGAAUUAGCUGUGGAAGAUCGUGCAAUCGCUGUGGAGACGUGUAUUAUGAGGCUAAGUGUAGAGUACAGGAUCCGGUGUAUGGGUGUGCAGGAUUAA